CGGGUCUAGAGCCCGUCUCUUAUACAUGACGAAGACGGCUGCUGCCGGAGGCGGCAGUCCGUCGCCGUCGCACAGGGGCCGGGGCCCUGUGGGUCCCGGGGACCGGGAUCGUGGUUAUAGGGCCGGCGAUGUGGUCUGAGGAAGAAGGGAAAGUCGCGUUGUCUAGGAAAUGCCCCUAAAUGUGACAUUGGAAGUCAACCACCAUUCACACACAGGAGGCAUCUGGCUCCAAGUCGGCAAAAAGAAUUCCGGCCUGACGACUGUCACGUACGACGAGGCUCUCGACGUCGCGCUUUGCUUUGGAUGGAUCGACGGCCAGCGGAAAUCAUAUGACGACAAGUGCUUCAUCCAGCGCUUCACGCCGCGCCGCAAGACCAGCAUAUGGUCGAAACGCAACGUGAACAAAGUCGCAGCUCUCCUCGAGUCCGGCCGCAUGCGACCCCCCGGCCAAGCCGAAGUCGACGCCGCACAGGCCGAUGGGAGAUGGGAGAGGGCGUAUUCAGGAUCGAGCAACGCGCAGGUGCCGCCUGAUUUCCAAGACGCGCUGGACAAGAACAAAGCGGCGCGCGACUUCUUUGAAUCCAUCUCCAGGACGCAGCGAUAUGCGUUCCUCUUUCGGCUGGAGACGGCGAAGAGGCCGGAUACGCGGUUGCGCCGGAUUGAGCAAUUCGUUAAGCUCCUUGCGGAUGAAAAGUAUCUGUAGAGCCCAUAGCUGGACUGUGGCCCCGUUGUAUUAAAUUACCACCAAAUGGUCCGUAGUGUAUCCUGUC